AUGCCCGCCUUGGCCAGGGGCUGGCAGAUUUGGCGGACACUCUUCGGAUGCACAUCAUACAAUGUAACCAUCAGUAUUGGCAUCGACCAUUCGACAAGCACGUGGUACAGACUGGUCAAACAACUUGCGAUAUCAGCAACAUUUAACACCAUCUCAGCCAUCUCAGCCGUCUAUGGAUCUAAGAGGGGACUCCUUCGGACCCUCCAACUUCUCCUCGAGGCUCCCGACGAGCUCUCGAUUAAGUUUCUUGCCGUCGGCGUCAUUUACUACUCACGCGGCACGCCCGUCCGCUGUGCCAUUCUCGGUACCAUUCGAUCUGCUUCCUCUUCCACUCAUACUAACAACACGCCGCAAAACUCGCCGGUGGGGCAAGCCAUCGUCUCUCGACACAUCAUGGCAAACUUUUCCUUCGAGCUCUUGCAGCUCCCAAGUGACCUCCUCACGUACAUUGUCCGGGAACAUCUUCCACCGGUACCGGCUGUGGCACUGUCGCUGACUUGCAAAGACGCGUUCAAACUCCUGCUGCCCCUCUUCGAAACGAAGGGAUGGCUUCCCUUCAGCGAUUCACAGACCAAAGCCGAAUUCUGCGAGCUGCUGGAGAGAGACGUUGGCGACAAAUACUACUUUUGCCCUAUUUGCCGCACUCUCCAUCCCUUCUCGCCCACGGACGGCCCUGCUUCCUCCGACUGGGCUUCUCCUAAUACCCCCGACUGCCGCCGUUGCCGAUGGACCUUGGGGGCGUCCGGCUUUACCAUGGGCUUACACCACGUUCGCCUGGCACUGAACCGCCAGCUGUUCGGCCCGGCAAGCGGGAUAUCCCUGGAUCGGUUUCAACUCGAGCACUACAUGACCAGUCAGACCGCUUUCCAGUGCUUCCACGAGAAAUGGUCAGCCAAGAUCAUCGACGGCGAUCUUUUCCUGGGCUCGGUACGGACGACCAGCUGGGACAUACCGUACAACAAGUUCCUCAACAAUUUGUGGAACCUGGGCUACAAGCUCUGUGAGCACACGCUGCUUUACUACCUCCCCACCACCCGUCCCCGCGGCAAUGUCGGAUCGUCGAUAGAGGAAUGCAAAGACCUCCUCGGCCACUGCCGCCAGUGCUUCACCGACUGGACAAUAACGGCCGCGUUCAUAGAACCGCGGUGGCACCUCACCAUCCACACCUACCACCGGUUUCCGAGCAACCGGCGGCCGCAGUCCUCUGGCUCUUCGGCUGGUGGUCGGUUUGGGUACGAGACUGAGGUGAUUCCGCUGUAUCGUGACGCCGGCCUUGUGAGGGACAUUUGGCUAGGCCGCGCGACGCAGAGCGCAAGAGCUGGCCGGUGGAUUAAAGCCGGUGUUUUUGGGGACGUCCUUGACUACAAUCACUGGAAUGAGUGA